GAUGUUUCUAGUUUCAUUGCAACACUGUUCGCCUUUAGAUAUUCAAUAUCCGGUUGUAGUAUAGUUGGCGUUUUGCGGAAGAUGGGAUUAUCGGUUGAGGAUGAUUGAAAUGCAGUUUUUGUGGAGUUGUGCAGUGAUGGACUGCUCUGCGCAUUUACUUAUGUCGCCCAAUAGCGUGCAUAGCAACAUGGAAAUAAGUUAUGGGCUGCGAGAGUGAAAAAAGUUAUCAACCAUGACAAGAGAACGAACAUGCAUUCUGUGCCAGACAAGUUGCACUUCAAGAAAGGAGAUGGAGGAGCACAUGAGGAGUAUGCUGCAUCACCGGGAACUUGAAAAGCUGAAAGGAAGGGACUGUGACCAUGAGUGCCGGGUCUGUAGGGUGAAAGAAGUGGGUCUUUCCGCCUAUGCUAACCAUAUCUCCAGCCAGCUGCACAAGAACAAUGUUGAUGCCCAUAAUGAGGAGUUGGACUGUGGCAGAGAGUAUGCAGAUGAGGAGUACUUCGACAAGGAGCUAAUUGAACUAAUACAGAAAAGAAAAGAACAAAGUCUGAGGGAAGCCAACUGUAAUGCAGCUAGAGAAUUUAAACCCAGUGACCAGAUGCACCAGAGGAGGAAAGGAGAAGAAAGAGACCCCUUUCUGUUUGAGGAGUGGCAGCAACAUGGCCCACCACAGAGAGAAUGGGAGUGGGAAAAUGUAGUUAGAAAUAGACAAGGCAAUUAUCCUCACUUGAACAGGAGCUCAGAUUCCAAAUGGCACAACACUGGCAACAUGGGACCUCAAUUUUGGCAUCCUAGCAGCCGCGGGGAAGCUGUGAAUUGGCAUAACAAUCCUGGUAAUUCUAGAGGACCUUGGCAGCCAUCUUUGGAAGGCCAGUCCGAAUGGCAUGCAGGUAGUGGCCCAGAACGAAAUUCCAGUUGGCUGCAGGAAGGUCCAGGAUGUUUUCCAAAGACGCUUUCUAACAACUGUAGUGGAAAUUGGAAUUCUGGUCAACAAAAUCCUAACUGGAAUUUUGGUGGUUCAAGAAGUGCAUUUCCAUCAAUUAGUAACUGGCCUGUGGGGCCUCCUUCUGUUGCACAAGGGAUGCCUUUGGUCCAAAACAACAAUUUGGCUACACCCAGUAAUUAUAAUAAAGAAAAGUACCCCUGGGAGUGGUGUAACUCCGAGCGUAGUGCAAAGGAUGAUCAUUUUAGAGGUUUUCCAUUCUCUUUCGAUUUCACCAACGAUAUGCUACCUGCACAAGGGGCUAUAGAUUUCUCUUUGCCAGAGCAGAUGUUUGGCAGAUCUGACAAGAUGUACGGAAGGAACACAGGUUGUAAAGAAAAAGCCCUACGUUGGGUUCCUUAUCCAUCCCAGAGAUCAUGGCAGCAUAAACCUGCAUCCAAGAAUAACAGUGCAAAUAAAUAUCAGAAUUCUUGUCCUCCACCAUUGGCAUCAAAGAAAUUAAAUGCAGGCAAGUUAAAUGAAGGUUGUAAUCCAGUGGAAAGCAAAAAAUGCCUGCCAGGAUCUUCCAAAAAUAAAGCAAAUAAAAAUACAAAUAACAAUGAAAAAAGGACAUUUAAGACCAUUAAAGUGCCACCACUUAACUCAACUACUGUUAACAUUCCCAGUGCUUGUCUUCAGAAGAAAGGUGCAAAACCUCUUACUAAAGGUGUUAAAUCACUGUCUUCUUUUUCCUCUUCGACAGGUUGUACUCCCUUGAAUGCAUUAAACCUGGAAACAAAUAAACCCAGUUCCUUUAUUUCCAGAUUUCGUUAUGCAGGCUUGCAGAAUCAAAAAAACAAAUCCAUCCCUGAUCGUUUUUUUAGAGGACCAACUGAUAAGAACUUGCGGGAGGUCCUUAGACGAGCAAAAGAGGUGCUACAGUCCAGUCAGUCUGUACGGAGACAACAUUCAAGUUCUGUUCUAUUGCAGGAAGAAAAGGCCAGAAUUAGUGAUUCUGAUAUGGCAAAAGACAUUCUAACUACAAAUCAGCUGAAAACUAACAUUUCAGAAAAUGUGAGUGACUUCUGUAGGGAUCAGUCAGAUUGUGAAAAGAGCAAAAAUAAAGAGCUGGUUAAAAGUAAUAGCAUUUCUGAUGACAGUAUUUCCACUCCAGCGUCAGUGCUGCAUUCUGCCAAAUCAAUGAAGGCAUUGCAAUGGAAGCCCUCUGGUAGGCCCCUUCCAUUUAGUUAUGCUAAAGCUUCUAGCUUUGAAUUGGAGCUCCCCGCUUCUGUCACAUGUGUCAAGUCUGAUGAAGAGUCUAAUCAGAGAAGCCAGACUGAAGGUACAACAGAAGGGGAGGAACCCAGGUAUGGUGAUUUUCAUGAAACUGAUGACUUUGAGAACUGUACUUUGGAUUCUGAAUUUCAGAAAGAUGAUCAACCUUCUGGCCCUUUUUUAUCAGAACUUAGUAAACUUGGCAUACCAGCAUCCCUGCAGAGGGAUUUGACACGACAUAUGGCUGCUAAGAGUAAAGUUGGCAGUGUUCAUCUUCCAGAACCCAAUCUGAACAUUGCCCGCCGCAUCAGAAAUGUGGGUGAACACAGGAAGAGUGAGUCUGAGAAAGAAUGUGGCUUAAAACCUACUGUGAAACAACUUUUGAAUGCAUCUCGAAGAAAUGUAAACUGGGAUCAGGUCCUUCAUCAGGUGACAAAGAAGAAGCAAGAGCUUGGAAAAGGCCUACCCAGGUUUGGAAUAGAGAUGGUGCCUCCUCCUCCUACAGAAGUGGAGGCUUGCGGUCUGGAGGAAGAACCUGAUCUGUCCUCUCUAGAAGGAUUCCAGUGGGAAGGAAUUUCUGUCAGUCUCUCUCUAUCCACCAGAAAACGCAGCCUGUCAGAAAGCAGUGUGGUUGCAGAAAAAGUUUCAUCAGUGUACAACUUUUUUGAAAAUUCUGUGGGAGAAUUUAGUAAGAAAGAAGAAAAAUCAGUUAUUCCACGUGAUGAGGCUGCUAAACAAUCACUUAAUCCUGACUCGCAUAGUAAUAUAGUUGUAAAACGUGAGAACUCUUCUGAGUCAGAUGCUAACAUACUGAGAAAACGAGAUAUUUCUCCAUGUUUCCAAGUCUCAUGUUCAUCUCCUGGCCAUGAGUCAGAGCCCAGAAAAGAUUUAAGGAGAUGUAGCGCAGAGACAUCUGUUAAGAUGCCUGAUGUCUCAGUGUCUGUCAAGACAGAAGAACAUUCUGAAAGUUGCUCUACAUUUGGCACCGAUAGUCAGGGUCCAUAUGAAAGUGGAAAAGAUGUCACAUUGUCUACUCUGAGUGGGACUGCAGGUAUUGAUGGAGCAAGUGACAGCAGCUGCACGUCUGGCACAGAACAGAAUGACUGUCAAGGAUUAGGGAAGAAGAGACGAGCAACAGCCGAUGGUUCCUCCCCAGAAGCACCCAGCUUGGAAAGAACAACUAAACGGAGGAAAAUAAAAAAUAAAAAAGAGCGAUCUCAGGUGGACUCCCUUUUGAACAUUUCUUUGAGAGAGGAGGAAUUGAGCAAGUCAUUACAGAGUCUGGAAAACAGUUUCGUACAGGCUCGGGCUACAUUGCAGGCAGCCUACGUGGAGGUGCAGCGACUUAUCUUUCUCAAACAGCAGAUGACAACAGAAAUGAAUGCACUGAGAGCACAAAGAAUUUACAUUCUCCAGGGAUUGCAAGAGGCUUAUGAUCAGACUGAAGAUCUGAGAGAUCGUUCAAGUAGCACACCUGCACAGAAUGGGCACAGUAUCACAGAGAUGGGCAAACAGGAUGCUGACCACCUUACCAGCCCCUGUUCACCUGUACAAGAGGCUCCUCCAGUUAACACUUCACAGCCAUUAUUAUCUGAUACUGCAGUUAGUGUCCUACCCCACCUGACUGUACCUUCGGCAUUUCAGACAUCAGCAGGCAGGACUGCUGUGAAGGCUACCACUGCCAUUCCAGACUCAUCGCUUCCUGUAAAACAAGAACAUAUUUCUUCUGUGAAAGAAACAGAAGCUAUGAAUGCUGAUGCAGCUGACCCGAACUCUGCUGUUCCUUUGAGUGACAGCCUAUACAAAACUACCAUAGAGUCUCCACUACCUGUAGGACAAAGCAAUGAUAACAUGCAGUUGAAUUCUCCAGACAAUUCAGUCUUACCCCCUAGGUCCUUGGCAGAGGAAACUGAAGACUUUUGUCAUAUCAGUCAUCAGGAGAAAUCUGCUUCAUCUCUGUGUGAUGGGAGCACCAAUACAGUUGGAGAUGCUUUGACAUCCCAUGAUCUUUCCAAGAACCAGACUUCUGUUAGCAUAAAAGAAGAGAGUUGCAAUUCACAGACUGAUUCCUUCACUUUGAGAGAUGAGCAUAACACUGCAUUGAACACUCAUUCCACAAAUCUUCAGACUGUGACAGAAGAUGAUUUGAAACCAGAUGCUGAGCAACAGGCAGAGUCUUUAUCAGUGGAAACCAGAGGAGGCAAAAAGAAAAAGAAAUUGAAGAAGAAAAAGUCUCUGAGAGCCACACGUGUACCUGAUAAUAGUGACACCGAACAAGAUGUGGACCCUGGAAGGUACAUCAGGAAGCUCAGAGCCAGACGAUCACCUCAAGGAGGCAGGGUCACAACCACUGGCAUUGAGGAGCAAGUAGUAGAUGUCAACAAACAAGAAGCUGAGAAGCUCCAGGAAGAAAAUGAGUUGGGAAGUGAGGACAGUGACUCUUCAGUGGAAGUGGUAGAUGUUGUGAAACCAGCUUAUGAGAUAGUGGCCAUUGAUUCAUCUGAUUCAGCAGAUGAAAUGCCAGACAGCCCAUCAAAGACAAAAGCAUUAGCCUCUUCGAAACAGGGACUAGGAGAGAGAGCAAAAUAUGGCUGUGAUGAAGUUACAUCAACCAGUGAACUUGGUACAACCUGUACAGAUGGUAUAAAAAGUAUUACAGACACUGCAUCUUCAGUGCAAGGAUCAAAGAAUUCUUCAGAAGUAUCAUCUGAACCAGAAGAGGAUGAAAUUACAGAGGGGCCUUUCUUGGGACAUCAGGCAGCAGUCAAUUUUAUGCAGAUAUUUAAUGGGCUUUUAUACACUUGCUCUGCUGACAAAACCGUCCGUGUCUUCAGCCUGAGUAGCAGAAAAUGCAUUGGCACAUUUGAGGGACACACUACAAAGGUGAACUGCCUGCUGAUUACCAAGUGUAAAGUUGGUACCGUAAGGCUUUACACUGGCUCCAGUGACCACAUUGUGCGAUGUUAUGAUGUUAAGACUAGGCAAUGUGUGGAACAACUGACUGUGGCUGAGCGUGUUCUCUGUUUGCAUAGUCGAUGGCGGAUGCUCUUUGUUGGACUAGCAAAUGGCAAUGUGGCAACAUUCAGUUUGAAGGACAACAAACGACUGGAUGUGUUUGAGUGUCAUGGUCCUCGGGCAGUGAGUUGCCUGGCUUCGGCACAGGAAGGAGCUCGCAAGCUGCUUUUAGUGGGAUCUUAUGAUUGCAGUAUCACUGUACGAGAUGCAAAUAAUGGCUUGUUACUUCGUACACUUGAAGGGCAUACCAAAACUGUCCUGUGUAUGAAGGUUGUAAAUGAUCUGGUGUUUAGUGGAUCAAGUGACCAAUCUGUUCAUGCACACAACAUUCAUACUGGAGAAUUGAUACGAAUCUACAAAGGCCACAGCCACGCUGUCACUGUUGUCAAUAUCCUUGGAAAGGUCAUGGUGACAGCCUGUUUGGAUAAACUUGUCCGUGUCUACGAGCUGCAGUCUGACGAUCGGUUACAAGUGUAUGGAGGUCACACAGACAUGAUAAUGUGUAUGGCUAUUCACAAGAGCAUGAUAUACACUGGCUGUUAUGAUGGCAGUAUUCAAGCUGUCCGAUUAAACCUCUUGCAGAAUUACAGAUGCUGGUGGCAUGGCUGUUGCCUAAUUUUUGGGGUCCUAGAACACCUGAAACACCACCUGAUGACAGACCAUGUGAAUCCCAACUUCUAUUCAUUGAAGUGUCGUUGGAGAAGCUGUGAUACAUCCUUUGCAGCCAAGAAAUGUUCAAAGCAGGAUGCACAAAAACAUCUCUGUCAGCAUGCUGAGGAAGACAGCAGGUUGGAUCCAUGAUGGAACAUUUUCCUUCCAAAUUGGGAGGUGGUUUUAUACAGAGUUAGAUUUCUGUACUAACUGUUAAGAUGUACAUCUACCUUCUCCUUAUACACUUUAGCUUGUGUGGAGAACAGCAAUUCUGAAGCUAUUCUGUGUAUGUUUGAGGCUGCUCACCAGUGGAAGGGUAUGCCAAGAAGGAAAUUCUGCAGCACAUAUCUUUGACAUCACUUUGUGAUAGCAUGUAAAAACAGGCUUUUUCUGUCUACAAAAGGGAAAGACACAUUAGCUGUCAGCAGUUCCCAGUUUGUAGAUGAUGCAUCUGUGCACAAAAGAGACUCAAGUUACACUGUUACAGUGAAUUAGAUUUUGUAGUUUUUUAAAUGUUAACUAAAAAGGAAAAAGAAAAAAUAAAUAAGGUUUUUUCGUAUUCUAACAGAUAUGGUUUUCACAUAACAGGUUAUGAUUGGUUACUGCUGAUGUACAGAAUUUUGUUUUUGUAUUCUUGUUGGUAAUGCUAGAGAAAUGAUACUUCAUCAGUGCAUUGCAGUUUCUUGUCUAACAUCUGAUUAUAUCAACUGAUAUAUUCUAGUCAUACUGAAGUGGUCAAGUGACUAAGGCUCUAGCUGUGGUCUAAAGGCAGCAGGGCACCCUCUUCUGAUACACAUGAAGUAUUUCUUUUUAAGCAUACUCAAAUUUCAUUUUUGUGCAGACUAGCACUGCCUUACUACUUCUGCAUUUGAUCCUUUAUUAGGGGAAAGUAAGACAUUAGUAACAUUUUGUCUUGGGAGUAUCUUUUUCUCUGGCUACCUUCUUUUCCUUUUUAGAAUGUGGCAUCCCCUUCAGAAUUGUGCCACUUUGUUUUGGUGGUACUUGAAUUUGGCCUGAUUAAUCUGUAAUUCUUUGAAUUUGCUGUGAAACUAGAGCCUCGCUGUUGCACGUCAGGCUCCACAGACAUGUUUUGCAGGUGUACCAGAGACCUUGCCAACAUAUAUGUAUUUAUUUUUUUCUGUUCUGGAAAGUCUUGCAUACCUUCACACUUUAGCAGUCUUGUACACUAAAUUCAGUAAUAAGUAGAAUGCUAGAGGAAUCAAGCAAAAAAUAUGCACCAGUUUUACUUUUGUGUAUAUCUUUGGCAGGUUAGGAAGGAAGCUAUGUUAAGUAAUCUUGGUUUUAUUGGUAUUUCUUUAACUGACAGGCAUGUGCCUUGUUAUUUUUUUUAAUGUAAUCUUUUUCUGUUUUAUAAUUAACCACAAACUGAACUACUCCGACAUUUGCUUUUGCACCUCUAUUGUCGACCUCCAACAGUUAAAACCAGUUGAGUUGGGCAGUGAAAUUUAGAUAGCUGUAGAAGUGUUUGUGGCUUUUUAAAGUUUAACAAAGAAUACAAACAAAUUUGUAAACAAAAAAAAAAUAAAAUAAAUUUUGAGUAAUUUUUAGGUGGGAAUAUUUCAGUAGUAUUGCAUAAUAAGCAAUUUUUUCCCCUCUGUUGCUGCUGUGAAAUGUAGCCUCAUCCAUCUGUUUACAGAAUACAUUCUUUGCAUGGAAGUAAAUAUUACUUUUAACUGGUCAUAUAUACAUCUGCAGUGCCCAGUAGUUGUAUUUUUGUUUUGUCUUCGCCUUGGGGGAAACAGCAUCUGCAGUAGUGAUUGCACACACAUUGCCAAUCUGUUAGCUGUAUCUACUAACCUAUGUUUAUAAACUUCUUGCUCUCCCAUAUUUGUUUUUGCUAGUAAUACUGGGCAAAGUGAAUGCUUUGUUUACUGUGAGACCUGUAGUGUAGUAGCUGAAGAUGGGCUUCAUUCUAGUUACAGUAUAUAGUUCUCCUGUUGUUCUUCUAUUUCAGAGCACCUGUAGUUGUAGCACAUUUUGUCUACCUUUUCAAAAUGCAAGUUUUCCUAAAAAUUUUAAAGACCCUAAUAACCUGAUUUCUUGGACAUUGAAAGAGUUCUUUUAAGAGCUAUUUGAAUGUUUAGAGAAAUAAUAUAUCACAGGAAACUGAUGUCUUAGAAGCAGUCAACCUUAUAUGUUUUUGAUAUUUUAGGUGUGUAUUUUCCCUGCAUAAUUAUUUGGAUGCUGAUUUGGUUUUAGACAGUGUAAUAUGUUAAUUUUAUUUCAUCUUGCGUUGGUGUUGGAUGUGUGAUGUCACAGGGCAUAAGUUGAUUGCCAGGUUAGUCACCCAUAUUGACAGGGCCAUAUAGAUAACGGGAUACUACUAACAAGAAAAGGUCCUGGAAAGGUCUGUAAAGCUUAGAGUAUGUGAAAGAAAAUACUGAAAAAAUAAAGCAUGAAUUUAGUUGGCUUUUUGACAGUGUUUUUGUUGCUGUUUUUUGUUUACUGGGUGUUAAAAAGUGGAAGGCUUCCAGUUGAUGGCCGUGUUAUUGUUUGCUGUUCAGAUUGUUAUUUUAUUUUAUAUUGUAUUUUUUUUUUAGUUUUGGAAGGCGGUAAAGACUUUUUUCAUGAAGCAAAUUAGGCAGUGUUAAGACUUUUUCCAGUAUGCGGGCAUGUAAGUAUUAGUACUGGCGGUAAGUUUCUGUACAAUGGUAAUCGCAGGGUACAGCAUAAACUAGUGAACUUGUCUUUGCACUAUGUAAUGGCUGUAUCAGGCCAGUAUGUUGUUUACAGAGUGUAGACAUGGUGGUUACAGCGCUGCCAGUGUCUCUGAAAGUGAAGUGUUUGGGUGACUCUCUCUCUUCUUGUGGUUUUGUUAGUGACUGCAGUUGUGAAAUGCACAGGCUGAAAGAAGAGAAAGUACCUUUGAGUAGUAUAUGCAUGUCUUAAAAACAUGUUUGAGUGUAUUUUUAUUAUUGAAUGGUUGUGCACUUGUCCUUUUCAUGGCAGUCUGUGAUACAGACAGCUAAGUACACAAUGCCUGUAGCUGCAGAGUAAAGGGCAUGUGUCCUUCAGUAUGAAGCUAAUUGGAAAAACAACAGUAGGGACUAAAAUAAAAGUAUAGUAUUUAGACUCAGUGUUGUGUGCCAAAAAAUGGCAAUGUGGUUGUUGAAAUGAUGGAUUUUGAAACGUGUUGUGAGAGUGUUUUUUGAAGUGCCGUGCUAUUAUAUUUUGUAAAUGUACAUACUGGAGUUCAUAGGUGGUUGUAAGCAGUCAUCAGUCUUUGAACAGCAACAUUGUUUUAUUUCUUACAAGAGCAGUUUAAACAGUUGCCACCAAGGCUUAUUUUGAUGCCAUAUUUUGAACUGAGGUCAUAGACAUUUGCUUCCAACUCAUUGCUGUGGAUGUUAUGGUCGCCUAAAAAUGAAUUCGGAUUUUGUCAUAUAAACAUGGUCAGGGUGAGAUGAAUGUUGAAUGCCAAAGUCCUGUAAUUCUCAUAGCUUUGCUUUAAAAGAAAUAAUUUAUGAUUCAAAACCAAAGCCGAGGGUAUCUUUAGUCUUCUGAUAGUAAAUGGGUUUCCAUUUUCUGUUCCUUGAAUAUUAGUUAAGGAAGAACAGAAGUAGUUGACCACAAACUACCAAAUAUGCUGUUGUGGUGGUUUCUUUUUCCGGAAUUAUGAAGUGGCAAAACUUCCGUGAGUGCGUUUUGCUGCAUUGCCAAGUUGAGCGAGUGAGAAAAAUCGCCUUUAGGUUAAGGGGCCAAGGCAAUGUUUCACUACAUUUGUUCGUGGGCAUGGCCCUCAGUGGUUUUUGGUAGAUGUUGCUGAGUAGUUAACAUUCAUGGUAUAUUGCAGUAUCUUAGUCCUUUCUUGGAAUCCACUGCUUUCUCUUUCAGUGUUUUUAUCUUACAGAGUUCCAGGUAUUCAGUUUAUCAAUAUUUGUAAGUAUAAGUAACGGAAUUUGUGCCACAAUACUCAAGUAUUGUAAAAGUUAGCCUCCUGCAGUUGUGCCGUGAUAGUGCUCCAUUCUUAAGCUCAAACUGUAUUCAAAGAUAAGAACUCUUGGAAUAUUAAUUUAACUGAAUUAACUUGUUUAAAACAGUAGCUUUGUUUUAUUCUUUGAACAUUGAAUAUUUUGAAAAUGAGUUGCUAAAGUAACACUUUUCGAUUGCAGCUGACUUGUGUUCUUUUGAAUGCCCUCAUUAUACUGAUAUCAGUUGUGCACUUAAAUAAUUGCAUUAGGUGUGUGAUCCACUUUUGAGGCUAUUAUUAGUGAUUUUGAAAGCCUGCUUUUUGAUUGAUGCUUCUCCAUGGUGCUUGCAUAUUUUUUUGCUUGGUCCACAUAGAGAGAAUUUUUGGAAAAUGGUUAUUAAACAUACCAGUAGUUCUCGCCUUUUGUCUCUGUCAGAAUGUAUUGAAAGUAGCCCACACUGUCAUAGAUUAGGAUAAUACUGAUUUACCCGAACACUGAAAUGGCACUGUGUUGCCCUUAAGUUGUAAUUAAAUACGGAUUGAAGAGUCACUGUAAUUUGCAGAACAUGCUUAAUGUAAAAAAAAAAAAGAGACUGGCAGAUGAGAACCACUUUACAAAAUCAUGUCUUGUCAUUUCCCUCUGUCAAAUGCAGGUGCUGUACAUUGCAUUCUCUUUCACUCAGUUAUUCCUCUUCAGAUCGAGUUGGCAGGUGUAUUUUGAAGCUGUUUUGCAACCUCACUUUCCAAUACCAAGCCUUUAUAUUUUUUCAUUAACAUUUAAGUAUUUGUCACUAUGUACUAAAGAAUGCAAUACUAAUGCUUAAAUAUGUAUUAAUUGAAAGACUUGGAAGCAGACAUUGACAUGCAUAGUACAAUUAGAGAAGUAAUGAGUUCAGACCAAAAGUACAGCAGCAGCAGCAUUCACUACAUGUGUUAGCUUGCUGUAACCAGGUUGACAUCAGGAGCCAGGGCUGUAGGUGGCCCAUCUAGUACCCUGUUCCAUUCCUGGAUCUGGCACCCCCAACUGUAAGUUGAGGGGAAAAACAAAAAAAAAUCUACAACCUGGCUGUCACUCUUAGAACUCAUGAGCCAGCUAGAUCACAUUUCUGCACUUGUAGAGAAAUGAAUACCUGUAACACAUUAACGAUUGUUUGGCAUCUCGCCCGUUGCACUCUCUUGCACUUGUGGCCACUUUGGCUACACACACUACUGGUAGUAGUUUUUUUGUUAACUUAUUCCUGGUUCUUUAAGCUGCUUUUAAUUGCUGCAUAGGACAGCUGUUAUCUCUGCUGUACAAACAUAAAUUUCCUUACCUUGUGAAGCACACACAGCUUUUUUGAAGAGACAGGCCAUUGAGUUUUCAUUUUUGCUUUCACUUGUCUUUUGACUAGUUCUAAAAGGUGAUGUUUGCUGUUCUUUAUUCUGAUUAGCUCAUUGAUUGUGAUCUGUUAACCAAAGGCAACUAAGUAUUGCUACUAGAAGUAUUUUUUCUGCUUGAAUACAAUACUUUUGUUUGACUCGCAGUUCUGAGAUCAUAGUGCCUAAACUGACAUUGUCUGUAGGAGGCAUUUUCCCCUGCACUUCCUCAGUUGUUGUUCCAUCUGAAUUACUGUGUUUCUGAGAAUAGGUAGUGUUCCCUCAUCUGAUUGCAUGUUUAUAUUUAAAAUUCACAAUCAGUUUAAUUUCCAAGUUAGAAAAGAUAGGGUGGAUGUUCCCCAGUUCAUAACAUUUGAAAUGUUUAUUAUCAGAGUAAAGUUGCCUAGUUUCUGAGCAGUCAUAAUUUAGUAGGCAGGCUGGUCAGUGCAUUGUAAUCUUCACUCAACUCAGGGUAUUUACCUGACUUCUGUCUUCAUUUUACUACCCUGUUAAAGUCAUGCAGAUUUUGUUUCUGCUGUCACUGAACAGCAUGUUAAAAUAGACUUUAGAAGUUUUUCUUUUUAACAUUCAUGCAUAGACGAGCAUGCUCAUUGAUCAUGUUUCUUCAGUAUUUUGAAAUGCAUUAAGUGUUGUGCUGUCUGCUCCCACUGUACCUGUGUUUACCUGCUGUUAACACAUUUAUUAUACUCCCUGCCCCUAAAAAUUGAUAUUGUGUAUAGAGAACACACCUGCUGGUGCACUAUUUUGCUGUUUUACUUGCAUUCCUCUGGCAUUUGAAUUUUAUUUGAUUUACUUUUUUAUAGGUAUGAAUGAUACCCUUUCAUCUGUGAGAAUUGUUCAUUUUUUGUUGCAGAUUGUAAGGGGUUCUGAACCAUGUUUAUGGUUACUUCAUUACCAGCCAGCCAUGUCAUUAUCAAGUCUCUGUUUUACCAGUUGGCUGGUACCUGCAUCCGAUUUAUUUCAGAAGUAUACAUGAGUUAUUUUUUGGUAUUCUCUGUGUCCUGCUUCAAAUCAUUCAUGUCCUUAUUUUUUCAUUUUAAAUGCACAAUGCUGAUUUUGUUGAAGAAGAAGCAGUUUUAUAGCAGUUGGUGAAAUUAAGAUCAAUUGCCAAGUUUGUUUUGCCGUUUUUAAAUGUUUUUUUUAUAUUGGAAAUGGUUGACAUUUUUAAUGGAAAUAAAACAUGGUAUUCUAAAGUG